AUGUUGAAGCCUCCGCAAUCUGGAUGUCGAGCUAGUACACCCGACGUACUUCUAGCCUUCGAUUAUGUUUUUGACUUCAAAAAAACAGAUAACGACUUCAUCUCCUCAGGACUAACAAGACUAACAUCAGGCAUGACUUUGGCGGUGGUUAUUCUUUUGAUAUGGCUCUCUGCACUGCUCCGAUCCUGGUGGGAGUCAUUGUAUAGCCAUUGUUGUUGGCACAGGAGGUUCUCAUAUAUAUUACAUGCAUUCAAAAUGGCCCAACCCAAAGCAUUUAUUGUUUUUGCAUUACAAAAGGUUCACUGCUAUUAUGGUUCGUUAUUGAGCUGGAUGUCCAGUAGUGAUGGAUUAGCUCAAGAAGGAAUGAAGUUGUUUGACACUGGAAUAAUCCCUGAGGUUGUAACAUACAACAAGGCACUUGUGAAAGGGUUCUGCCAUGCUGCAGGGGCACUGGUGAUUGAGAGGGAGUGACCACUUGAAAACAUCAAUUUCAAAUUUUCAAAGCCAAAUUGCCACUUCCAAAACCAAGUUCAUUUGCUCCGGUGAAAAUCACAUUGAUCUUUCAAACAACUCAAAUUAUGUUUCUGCCUCUAAAUUUUGUCCAGGAAAUAGCGAAAGCUCUACGAGUUUGCCUUAUUCCUAUAAUACCAACAUACUUAUAGUUUUUAACCAUAAUAGGAACGUACUUUAUAGGUAUGAAUUUGUAACAAUUUGUAUGUAUUUUGCUUCUUUGCGUAAAGAAACAUUUGUAGAAUGCUAUUAUUAGCAAAGUACCAAUCGAAAUGCAUUAUGUUUACACAAUCAAAAAAGAAAACCUCUC